CCGUCAUUUGACCUAUCUUGUGUUUUUGAACCUUUCAGCUCCAAGACUACCACUCCUACCCUCCCCCCUACUCUUUAGGAACCCCUCGACGCCGCACACCAUGUCCAAUCCCCAGCAGACCUCAGAAGCAGGGCCAUCCUCCACUCCUGCCGCUGCCGCCGCCGGCCCUUCCACCGACAUUUUUCCAACAGGUCACGGCGCCAUAAUUCUCAAGCUCGUUCAAGAAUUAGAAGAUGUUCCCGACGAAGGAAAUCCCAAAAUCAAGGAGGCUCUCGGGGAGUUUCUAGAGAUCUUUCCAAAGAUCGAAAAGGUCGCGCUACAGAAAGAGGAAGCUAGUGAACUGGGAGACAUUAAAAGCGAAGAAGAACUGCGAGCGGCAUACGCCAAGCUCCGCAAGCGUACCCUCGAAUUGAACAGCGCAUUCAAUUCCCUCCUGUCCGUCACGUCCACCCAAUUCGUCACACUAGCAGACUUCUGCGUCGAAUCGGGCGCCAAAGCAGCUGCGUUUAAGAACGAGAUGGCAGAGAAGCUGAGGGUGCACGAUGAGAAGAUGAUAUCAAUGGAGGAAGAACAGGCGAGAAUCUUGAAGGAGAUUACAGUUAGAUCAAGGUGUGUGUCGGAGAAUAGGGUUUUGAAGAUGGAGGCGCAGAAGUUGAGGUCGCAGGUGAUCAAUUUGGAAAAGGAGUUGAGAAAGGCGAAAAAGUCAUAGGUUGUUUUUGGAGAAGGUUGUACGUAUAUCACCUGCGGGCUGUUUUGCUAUCGUGUUGUAAGAUGUGACAUGAGGUCUCCAAUA